AGCACUUGAAUGCAGCAUUGAUCCCAGACCGAGCGGUGAGGAGCAGUGGGGGAUUUCAUCCAGUCUCCACUCACGCUUGUACAGAGUUGUUUAGUGGCUGUACACAAACAGACGAACAGCACCGACCUGUUGCGAAGAAUGUGACAGGAUUUUUUUAUUUUUUAUUGUAGCACCUCGUCGCCAAACUUGGGCACAUUUUUGUCUCUGUACUUGUGUUAAAGAAGCCAUGGAGCCUAUAACGAAGUGGACGCCAAAGCAAGUUGUCGACUGGAUGAGAGGUUUGGAUGACAGCCUGCAGCAGUAUGUGAGCAACUUUGAGCGGGAGAAGAUCAGUGGGGAGCAGCUACUGAAGAUCACACAUCAAGACCUGGAGGAGCUUGGCGUGGCCAGGAUUGGACACCAGGAACUGGUGUUGGAGGCUGUCGAUCUGCUCUGCGCUCUGAACUAUGGGGUAGAGACGGACAACUUGAAGAAUCUGGUUGUGAGGAUGAGAGCUGCCACCAACAGUCUGCACAUGGCCACAUCUGACCGCAGGAAAAGCCCCGCGUACGAUGGCAGUAUCUCACGCAAGCCACCCAAUGACUUCCUCACCUCUGUGGUGGAGCUGAUCGGCGCUGCAAAGAGCCUCCUGGCUUGGCUUGACAGGACGCCUCUUACAGGGAUCAGUGACUUCACAGCCACCAAGAACAAGAUCAUUCAGCUGUGCCUGGAGCUCACCACCACAGUUCAACAGGACUGCAGCGUUUACGAGAUGGAAGAGAAGAUCCUGGAAGUUUCUAAGAUUUUGAACAGCAUCUGUGAUCAGACCGUGAGAACUACCUCUGACCCCCUGAUGAGCCAGUCGGCCUGCUUGGAUGAAGUCCAGCUGACCAAUAUCAAACCGGGAGAGGGUCUGGGGAUGUACAUCAAGUCUACCUACGAUGGGUUACAUGUCAUCACGGGAACCACAGAACAUUCACCAGCAGACCUGACCAGGAAGAUACAUGCUGGUGACGAGGUGAUCCAGGUCAACCAGCAGACAGUGGUGGGCUGGCAGCUGAAAAACCUGGUUGUCAAACUGAGGGAGGACCCCAAAGGUGUGGUUCUACUCCUUAAGAAGAGGCCCACAGGCACAACAGGUUUCACCCCCGCCCCGCUCAAGAACAUGCGCUGGAAGCCCCCAGUACCACAGAACCAUUCCUCCUUGACCAAAGCCCAGUCUCCCUGCGGCUCAGCUAAUGGAUCAACCAAAAAGGAGAAGCCGGCUAUCGUGGACUUGUACAUCCCCCCUCCUCCUCCAAUGCCGUACACGCCACGAGAGGGGAGAACAGACUCCUUCUGCAGCAUUAGUAAAAGACCAAAGGGCUCCGAGUCACCCAACUUCUAUCUGGACCAGGAGAGCAGAAGACGCUGCACCAUCGCAGAUUAUGACAAGCAAAGCGUUGGCUGUCCCAUCGAGGCCAACGUGAUCCAGCCCAGAAUGAGGGAGCACAAGUCCUUGCAUGGGAAGCCCCGGCCCCUGUCCAUGCCAGUGGACACCUGUGUCGGAGUGGUAGAUCCCUAUGCUAAGCCCUGGACACAGGGAAGGAAAGGUGAAGACCUCCUGUACCGUUACCUGAGCAACGAGAGGAUCCCCACUAUUGCAGAGGAGGUCCCCUCAGUGUCUCCUCCCUACAGGCCUGCAGGGGAACGUCAUCUCGUCAGAGUAGACCACAUCAGGGGCAGCCGCUACUACUCCAACUCAGACCUCCACAACAGCGCCACCAUCCCUUACCAGGAGGACAUGAAAAAGGCCCCCAUAGGCCCCGCCUCCAAGCGUGCAACGGCAGAACGCUCACUACUGGUCAGUUGGAUCACGCGGCUUAAGCUAUUGACUCACUGAUGAUGCGCUUCCUGUCCGGGGCUUCCUGUUCCUGUCUUUUGUCCUUCCUCGGUGCCUUUUGAUUUUUAACAUCCAGCUGUUUUUUUUUUUUUUUGGCUUUGGGCUUUCUCACACUCCUCUCUCCCCAACCUCCAUAUUUCCCUGGUGUUACUACCACUACCAACUACUACUCCUCAACCAAGGCUUGCUUUUGUAGUACUCACUACAUUACAUCAUCACCCCUUUAACACUGCCCACAACCCCUCCUCUUCUCUUGACUACAAGUCCCAUCUCUGCCUCAAGAAGAUAACAGUUUGUUCAGGUUUAGGACACUUUGGCCUUGUGUGUUGUCUAUGGACGCCUCUGUACAUAUCAAGCUAUGUCAUGUUUCAGUUGAAAUGCUCUCUGGUACCAUUAUUUAAAACUUCAGAAAACUUGCCCGAUAUCACUUCAGCUAUUUGCUGAUUUUGAUUUUAUUUGCAUAAAUAAGUUAUAAAAAAAAAAUACAGCAUAUUUUGUUAGUUAAACUGUGCUUUAAAUAUACAUGUUGUUUUUCUUCUUUCUCAAAUGAAACUUUUGUGACCAGUUAGUUACAUUAUCCUCUACCAAAGGUUGCCUCCUGUAAGCUAUGCAUAUACUUCAGAUAGAUUUUUUUAUAGUCACUGUAGUUGACAAUGCUGCAUCAGUUGGUAAAAGGAUGUUUAUAUCUUGUCACUGGCAAAUAUUUGUGCUGGUUUUAAAGCUAUGCACUCUAUUGAGUAAACUUAUAUCCUGAGUUUCAGUUUACUCUGCAAUUACCCACCUAAAGGGCCUCUAUACAUGCAGCUGGUUGACUGUAAUAAAUGGUCUUUUUAAGCCAGUGUUUUGAACCAAUCUUUGAGGACAUACUGGUCAAAUGGCCUUCUAUUAGCUCACAGAUCAUGAGACAGAAUGACAGUAUUAUUUAAGAAAAUACAGGGAAGAAGUGUCUAUUGUUGCUUAAUCUGCCUUUUGUAAGUUUUGAAUAGCGUUUUAUUAAAAAUUGCAGCACAUGUCAGUGA